GGGGGGGGGGGGGGGGGGGGKKGCKUAGUGGCKGSUGKGGUGGGKSGASCGAGGGGACUGCCUUGAAGCCGAACAGGCGCGGCUUUGAGGGGGGUCCKCGAUGCCGCGACAACAGACGCGCAGUCAUGAGCCUGCGCCUGAAAAUGUGCAGCAGGAUUUAAGGCGCAAGGGGGCUGUGUACCGUUACAUUGUCGUCGGCCAGGCGGUCGACACCCGGGGGGUUAGGAUGCUACGGUGCACCUUCUGCAAUAAGGUGUGGCAGGGAACCCAAUAUUACGCGACAAAACACUUCACCCAGCCACAAUAUUGCAAGAAGGUGUCCGACGAAGCGUUGUUUGACAUUGCGCAGAAGUGCACACACCGCUUCGAGGCCGACCAGGCGGAGAGGGUCUGGCACUACGCACAGGAGCGUGGGCUACAUGUCCCGCGGUCUGGAGUGAUGGGUGGCGAGGCAGAGUGGAGUGGACAGGGCGUCGGCGGGGGAGAGGAUACCCAACGUUGGUCCGAGGGUGGUGCUGCGAGAGAAGGGGCGGACGCCGGUGUUGCGGAGGAGGGCGAGGCGGGAGUCGACCUCGAGGGUAGCAUGGCAGAGGGUGAGCGGACGGCGACGGGAGAGGGGGCCGUGCCCGAGGUCGAUCCGGUCACUCAUCAGGACUCCUGUUCCGGGGUUGCCUUCAAUGCCUUCCGUAACACGCCGUGGAGGGACCUCCAGCAGGUGGCACUUCAGCAUCCUGGUGGAGCACCUCUGCCUGUGCUUCCCUCCCACAGCGAGAUCGCGAGCAUGCGAGCUGUGGAGAUCCACCGCCAGGAGUUGGCGGAGGAAUUGGAGGAGGUUAGGCAACCAUUUUGGUCGAGCGGUGCCACCCUCCUCUCUGACGGGAGGAAGUCACGAGACGGGCGACCGAUUGUGAACUUCCUCGCAUCGGGGUCUGGAGGGGUCGUCUUGUACACGACGAUCAACCGAGAGGGGGAGCCGGAUGAUUCCGUGCAUGUUCUACAGAGAUGGGUCACCAUCUUCCACGAUUUCAGGUUUGGUGGCCCACAGCCGGUCAAUGCUAUAUGCACUGACUCUGCUUCUGCGUAUGUGGGGGCUGCGAGGGCUUUGGCCGACGCAGCUAUGCCCCUUGAGCUGCGGAGGAUUACUUGGCUCCCGUGCUCCGUCAAUGUCUGCAACAAGUUGUUGUCAGACAUUGGCACGAUUUGCACCUCUUUUGCAGACACGAUCACACGUGCCCGAGUUCUGGUGGUGUUUUUCGAAACCCACCAGGCCGCUCUUAGCUUCUUCCGGAGGCGCACAGGAGGAGCUUCGGGGCUCGUACUUUCAUGUGAGACGCGAUUUGCGUCAGUGUACUCCAUGUUGGAGAGGCUGUUGGCUCUGCAGGAUUGUUUGAAGGACAUGAUGAGAGGGGAGGACGGGCGGGCUUGGGCUAGGAUCCCGUGGUCACGUGACGUCUGCGACAUGGCGCGUUGGGUGCGCCGCCAGAUCAGGUGGUCCCCUUGGUGGGAGAGGAUGCGGGCCAUCUUACACGUUAUGGAGCCCGUCAUGGAGUGGUUGAGGCGGAUGGAUCGUGGCGGCCAGUUCAUGUCCCUCGUUGUAGAGUGGACUCAUGAUCUUGGACGCCUCGUGCGGGACGCUUGCGCACCUCUCGGCCACUCGUUUUCUGACCGCGUCAUGAGGCGUGUGCAGGCCCGUAUUCACCACAUGAUGGAGCCUGCACACUGCGUGGCGUUCUUACUGAACUCCCGUCGACGACAUGUUCAGUACUUCUCACCUUCAGCUCGACGAGUACCACACAUGGCUUGUUCGACAAGCCAAAAGCGAACUCCAGCGGAGAGGAACUGGGCGGUCUACGAGGGCAUCCACACGAAGAAGCGCAACCAGUUGGCCUUUGAGAAGGUCGUCCAUUUUGUCGAGAUCACCGCAAAUGUGCGGUUGAUGGAGUACAGACGUGCAGGUUGUGGGUAUGUUCUCCCUUGGCAGCGAGACGAGGGUAUGCUCGACGCUCAGGCAGGCAUAGAGUUGGACCCCAUGCGUUCGGGGAUGAGGAGCUCGAUGACGCCGGAAGAGAUCGAGGAGCAGGCUGCCCUCAUUUCGCACGAUCCCAUCGAGUCCUCUGCGCCGCCCCCUGCAGAGUCUGUUUUCGGUGCUCGUGCGGCUAUCUUCCGGCCAUACCCAGGGAUGAUGCCUCCGGGGACGAGAGGGAGUGGGAAUGUUGAGAGGGAGGCGGGAGUGGAGGUGGAUGAUGGUCUGCAGGUUGAGAGGGAGGCGGGAGUGUUGGUGGUCCAGGUGGAUGAUGGUGCGCAGGUUGAGAGGGAGGCAGGAGUGGAGGUGGAUGAUCGUGCGCAGGUUGAGAGGGAGGCGGGAGUGGAGGUGGAUGAUCGUGCGCAGGUUGAGAGGGAGGCGAGAGUGGAGGUGGAUGGUGGUGCGCAAGUUGAGAGGGAGGCAGGAGUGGAGGUGGUCCAGGUGGAUGAUGGUGCGCAAGUUGAGAGGGAGGCGGGAGUGGAGGUGGAUGAUGGUGCGCAAGUUGAGAGGGAGGCGGGAGUGGAGGUGGAUGGUGGUGCGCAGAUUGAGAGGGAGGCGGGAGUGGAUGUGGAUGAUGGUGCGCAGGUUGAGAGGGAGGUGGGAGUGGAGGUGGAUGAUCGUGCACAGGUAGAGAGAGAGGAGGACGUCGUGACUACUCAGGUUGGGAGAGAGGAGGGCGUGGCAAUACCUUCCAAUGCUGCGCAGGGUGAGAGACAGGAGGAUGUGGUCAGGGCAGAUGGUACUGCGCUGGUUGAGGGAGAGGACAACGUGGUAGAAGAUGACGUCGCCCAUGACGGAGGAGAGGGCAGCGAUACCCUUGACCCGACUAUUGAGCGUUUCAUUGUUGAUGACGUGGGUCCCGCACUAUCGGGCAUUCGCAGGAGCCUCCAGGAUUCGUACACGGAGGCACGAGAGCACCCUCAGGAGGAUCAUGACGAUGCAGCCGCUGCAGAGAUCCCGGGAGGUAGCGGUCCGUUGGUACACUUCGCGGGCAUGCAGCUGACGACGACGACACGCCCAGUUCGACCACGUAUGCAUGGCUCAGGUUCAGAGGAGGUGGCACCUGACGAGGUACCACCGGUCAUAGUGGUGGAUUUAGGAUCAGAGCCACCGCUUCAGACUUCCGUUAGUGGGCGGCGAGCUCCUGAGGAUACUGCUUGCUCAUUUGAUGCGGCAGAGCUCGCACGGGCUACUGUGCGUAAUGUCACACGGGAGGAGGACACAUACUCAUGGAGACCAGGCAUGCCGCCUCCUCCUCCGAGAUCAUGUCACGCAUAUCGUGACUCUGGUCCGCGUCUCGUGCCUGCGGCGGGUGGUGCCGCAUUGGGGAAGUCUUCAAGACCUGAGGGGUUGGGGAUGCCGCGGGGUUCUCGUCGUGAUAAGACUGUCGAGGCUGUCACUCGGGCGAGUACUAGGCUUGUUCAGGUGAGGAGGGGGGAUGAGCAGGUCAUCGUAGAGGAGGACGAUCCCGAGACGGAGCUGGCACGUGACGAGGACGCGCCUGAGGAUGACGAGUACAGAGAGGACGACGAGAGUCGGGAGGAGGAGAGGGAUGACGAGGAGGAGGAGGACGGCGACGAUGACGAUGAGCCUCCCCUCGACCACAGCGUGAUUCUGGUAGACGGCAGGAGGAGUUUCGUGAGACGAGACCCCGCACGAGGAGUCGAGGACCAUCCGCUGCGACCGGGGCGAGCCGACGAGGUGUGUCACGGACAGGCGGCUCGGGUCGCGAGAGGCGGAGAGACCGCGCACGUGGAAGAUGAGAAUCUCUUCCACAUUGAUGGUACUCCUGAUCCAGAAGUGGACAUUCCAGAUGAGCUAGCAGAGCAUGAUCCUCCAAGUGAGGAGGGGCCUCAUUGUGAUGACAAUGUGGGUUGGUCGUUUCCUGAAGAUGAGUGUCGUGAAGCAGCUGUUUUGGACAGCGAUGAGCAUGGUCGUGGGCAAACUGGGGUAGUGGUGAGAUCCCUGAUGCAUCUCCUAACCAUGUUUCCAUAGGCCAGCCUGCUCCAAGUUUUGGAAGUAGGGAUAGGUGUGGCCAGGCAAAUGGUCACCCUACAUU